AAGAACAAAUAAAUUCGGUGCUGCGCUCGGAACUGUGUUAUCUGUAGCCUAGUUACCAAAAUAGAGCCAUAACCGUUGAAGACGAAGCUUAAGGAUAUACCCUCAGCAUGGGGGUGGCUGAAGAUUUCGCUCCCAGCUUUGUUAAGAAGCCACAACUGCAUCAGGAGGAUGAUGGCAAUCGAUUAAUAUUUGAAUGUCAGCUAUUGUCAUCGCCGAAACCGGAUAUUGAAUGGUUUCGAAGCGAUGCUAAGCUCGAACAGGAUGGCCGAACCAAAUUUAAAAUACAGCCCGUCGACGACAAUAAAUAUACUGUAAUAUUAGAGCUCGAUGAUGUGGUUGAAACCGAUGCCGGUCUUUAUAAAGUGAAAGCGAAAAAUAAGUCUGGUGAAGUUUCAGCUUCGAUUAAUUUAAAUUUCACACCUGCUGACGAACCAAAAGAAAAACAAAUCGACGGUUUCGCGCCGACAUUCGCGAAAAAGCCCGCCAUACGACAGGAAGAAGAUGGCAAAAAACUUUUAUUUGAGUGCCGGGUUAAUGCCGAUCCAAAGCCAAAUAUUAUUUGGUAUCACAACGGAACACCUGUAAAAGAAUCUGGGAGACAUAAGCUAACUAUCGAUAAGGAUGUCCAUUCAUAUUUCGCAACACUUGAGAUUGUAAAUGUCACUGUUGAGGAUGCUGGCAAAUACAAAGUGAAUGCUAAAAAUGAAUUGGGAGAAAGCAAUGCCACAAUAAGCCUUAACUUCGAUAGUGCUAGCGAUGCCAACGGUUUUGCGCCAUCAUUUAUCGAAAAGCCGAGGAUAAUUCCAAAUGAAUCUGGCACACUGAUCACAAUGAAAUGCAAGUGCAAGGCAAAGCCAGAGCCCAUUGUCACCUGGUUUAGGGGUCAAACUUUGGUGGAGAAGAGCAAAAAGAUUAAAAUAAACACAACUGUCAUUGCGGAGGAUACAUACGAACUGACAUUGGAAAUAAAGGAUCCUGGAGCAACAGAUGGUGGUACUUACCGAUGCAAUGUCAAGAAUGAAUAUGGCGAAUCAAAUGCCAAUCUUAAUCUUAACAUUGAAGCCGAACCAGAGCCCGAAGGUGAGGGUCCAACGUUUGUUGAAAAGCCACGAAUUGUAUCCGAAAAUAAUGGCAAAUUGGUGAUCAUGGAGUGUAAGGUGAAAGCAGACCCCAAGCCAGAUAUCAUUUGGUUCCGCAACGGCGAAGUGAUUAAAGAAAGUAACAAACUAAAAAUGUCAAUGGAACAGCGCGGUGAUCAAUACUAUAUUAAAUUGGAGCUAUUGGAUCCACAACUGGAGGACUCUGGGUUAUAUAAAUGCAACAUAAAGAAUACAUUAGGCGAGUUGAAUGCGAAUUUAACGCUGAAUAUAGAAAUCGUUCCUGUUAUUAAAGACAAACCAAAGAUUAUAAAGAUUAUUAAGAAGCGAACUGUCGUCAUCGAGUGCAUAGUGGCAUCAAAGUUCGAACCGAAAUGUACGUGGUACAAGGAAACCAAUACGGUUCAGGAGAGCAAGAGACACGUUUACCUAGUAGAGCAGACGAAGGACGGAGAGUUUCAGGUUAAACUUGAGAUCAACGAUGUUCAGGACAGUGACAAGGGUGCCUAUAAAUUGGUGGCUAGCAAUGAGAAGGGCGAAGCUGUGUCUCAAAUCGUAAAUCUGGUCGAAAUUCCCGAGGAGGAACGCAAGCCUGAAAAGCCGACAAUAUCCAGAAAACUAGUUGACCAAAAGGUCAUAGAAUCAAAGACUUUUGAGCUAUUAAUUAACCUAACGAAGUCCGAUCGAAAGUGUAAAAUUGAGUGGUAUAAAGGUAGCACCUUGAUUCGCGAAACCAAGGAUAUAACCACCACUUUUGAUGGUACGACGGCUCGUUUGACAUUUAGUAGUGCUAAAUCGGAGCAUACUUCUAAUUAUAAAGUCAUUGUAAGCAAUGAAAUUGGAAAGGAUGAAUCAACUUGUAAAAUUACGGUUGAAAAAGGUAGCAAGAAAAAGGACGAAGAAGAGCAGAAGGAAAAGGACAAGCAAAAGGAUGAAAUUGAAAAGCGACAAAAGCAACAAGGUGUAGAGCAAACAGUACAGAAGAAAUCUGAACGCAAGGCAAGUAUUGUAUCUGUAAAAGAGGAGAUCUCCUCGUCCGAGUCACGUCGCCAGUCGAUAAUCCAAUCCAAGGAAGAAGUCUUCGUAGAAGAUACAAAAAUAUCAUCACGGAGGUCAUCCCUAGCGGCAAGUUUUAAAUUUAUAGAUGAAUCUAAAACUGGUUCACGACGCUCAUCUAUUAUUGAAAAGAAAUCGUUGGAUCAGGUCGAUAGUAAGCAUCUAGAAGCUAAUAAGAAUCCACAGGCCUUAAAGGAAGAAAUACCAAAGCUAAAGCCAGCUGAAAAGCGAAGAACUUCAAAGGUAAUUGAGGAAAAGACACCUGUAGAGGAAUUACCAAAACUGCGUAAAACUUCAAUUGCUCAACCGAAAGAGGAACCCAAACCGGAAGUGGCAAAACCAAAGACGAAAACCAAAACAAAGCAAAAAGCUAAAUAUGAAGAGCUACCUGAAAUCCCAGAUUAUGAGAGACCCGUACUGGAAAAGUAUGAGAAAUCAGAAUUUACGCCCACAGAUUUUGGCCGUGAAUUAGAGAUACCUAAUAAGAUGGAAAAACCAAUAGUAGAUAAUGGCAAAAAGGAGAUAGAGGCAUCUCCUCAAAAGAAUGGCAUUCCAAAGAAGGGAGAAAUUAUUGAGAAACCGGCCGAGGAACCAAAAGCCUUAAAGCUUGGCAAAGGUAAAUUGCCUGAGGAAAAUGAUAACCGUGAUGGUGCAACACUGAAGCCUGUUAUUAUAGAACCAGAGGACGUAAAACCAAAAACUCCCAGAAUGCAACCACCUGCACCGGGCGAGCCACCCAAGAUCGAGGUAAUAAGGGAGAAGCGACCAUCGCUGGCCCCUGAGCCCCCAAGUCGUCGGGGUUCCCUGAUACCGCCAGCAGAUAUGGGGAGACGACCGUCAUUGAUUAUUAACGACGAGCGGCGAAGACCAUCAAUUGAUGUUCGUCGUCCAAGUGUGCAGGAUCUAGAAGACCUUAUCAACAAACCAUCGACACCACUACGCGAUGUCGGUGAUGGUGGUCCCCCAUCAAUUGUCGAUGUCCAAGAGUCAUAUUCGGUGGUUGAAGACUCGACUGCCUACCUCACGGUCGGUGUCGAGGGCUGCCCAGCGCCCACAUUUAAAUUCUACAAGGGUGUUAGCGAGAUCCUUGAGGGCGGUCGUUACAAAUUCCUCACCGAUGGGCAGACAAACACAAUUACACUGUGUAUGCGUAAGUGCAAGCCAAAUGAUGAGAGUAAAUACAAGGUGGUUGUAUCGAAUAUACACGGUGAGGAUUCGGCGGAGAUGCAAUUAUAUGUCUCCGAUUCGAGUGGCAUGGACUUCCGAGCCAUGCUUAAGAAAAGACGUUAUCAAAAAUGGGACAAAGAUGAACAGGAUCCCAAUUGGGGUGAUCUGAAGGAAACGGAAAAACCGUUGCCGGCCCUUAAAAAGUUGAAAGAGGCACCAGGAUCACGUAGACCAUCUUUAGCUGAAUUGAUCCCCGAUUGGCCGACACUACAUCCAUUUCGAAGAGAGGAGAAAGUAGAGUCCUUCCUUAGUCCCCUAAUUGAUCAAUUUGCUAAGGAAGGAAAGGAUAAGAAGGUUGUGUUCGAGGCGAGAUUCAGCAAACCAAACUGCAAGCCCAAGUGGCUAUUCCGCAAAGAUGAAGUGUUUACGGGCAGUAAAUUUAAAUUUAAACAGGAAAACGAUACAUAUCAGUUAAUAAUUACUACUCCCAAAGUCGAGGAUACUGGCAAGUAUACUAUCGAAAUCGGCGGUGUGUCUAGUACGGCCUUCUUGAAUGUCGAAGAGCCAGAUCCAUCGUAUACUUUUACGAAACCUCUGAAAAAGAAGCUCGACGGAUUUACGCAACACGAAACGACAUUGGAGUGUUCCGUUAGCAGUAGUAUGGCCAAUGUCCAUUGGUUUAAGGACAAUACCAAAAUCGAAUCAGAUGAUCCUCGUUAUCUUAUCUCCAAAGAUAUUAAUGGUAAUCUUAAACUGAUUAUUAAGGACACGGUUCUUGAGGAUUUGGGUCUUUAUCGUUGUCAGUUAGACAAGCAACCCGAUAAAACUGAGUGUACGCUAAAGGUCACCGAGUAUCCGUACAAAUUUGUCAAAGUUCUCAAGUCUCAGCAGUGCAUAGAAAAGGAUACGGUGACUCUAGCUUGCGAGAUUGAUGAUGCUCGCGGUGAAGUUCAAUGGUUCCGUAAUAAUGAGGAAGUCAAACCUGAUAAACGUUUUCAAGUGGUUAAAGAUGGUCGUAAGCGUAAGCUAGUGAUAAAAGAUUGCAAGGUUACGGAUGCCGGUCAGUUUAAAUGCACGACGAAUGCGGAUAAGACAGAAGCAGAAAUAAUUAUCAACUAUCAAAAUCGUUUUAAAAAACUCAAGGACACCGAUGCCGUAGAAAGAGAGAAGCUUGUUCUCGAUAUCGAGCUUCAAGACCAAACAGCACCCUGCGAUUGGAAAUUUAAUGGCGAACCCAUAGUGCCAAGUGAACGCAUUGAGAUCAAGAAUUUAGGGGGCGGAAAGCAUCAACUUAUCUUUAAUAACCUGGAUAUGUCUGAUGAGGGUGAAAUUUCCUGCGAAUCGGGACAGCUUAGUUCCAAGUGUAAUGUUACGGUGCGUAAGGGUGAAAGUAGGCCAAAUAUUGAUUGUCCUGAUCAAUUUGCUGGACCAAUUAGUGCUCCUGUCGUUUUAGAAGUACCAUUUAAAGUUUCCGGUACUAAACAAACUCCUGUAGAAGCAAAAUUAUUCAAAGACGGCAAGCCCUUGCCCGUCAAGGAUGUAGAGGUCGCUGUUAAUGACGACAAGGUGACAUUUAAGUUCAAAAAACCAUCUAGAGAUUUAUCCGGACCGUAUCAAAUUAAAAUAUCCAACGGCCAAGGUGAAGAUACCAAGGAUGUCCAAGUGAUAUUCCAAGAUGUGCCGCUGCCCCCGAAUGACGUUGAUAUUACCGAAAUAUAUCAGACAUCAUGUGUCGUUAACUUUAAGCCACCGUCGGAUGACGGCGGCUCUCCUCUAAUAAAAUAUGUUAUUGAACGACAGGAUUUAAGCAAGAAACAAGGCUGGGAGCCAGUAUCUGAGGUUAAACCUAACGAGCCGUGUUGCAAGAAAAUCGAUGACCUGAUACAAAAACAGUACAGAUUCCGGAUUCGUGCUGUCAACAGCAUUGGUCCCUCAGAUCCGGCAACCUUUAAGAAUACAAUCUUGGCCAAGGAUCCAUGGGAUGAGCCUGGAAAGCCCAAGGAAGUGGAUCUUACUGACUGGGACAAGGAUCAUGCUGAUCUCAAAUGGGAAGCACCAGAUAGUGAUGGUGGUGACCCGAUCACAGCCUAUGUUGUGGAGUACAAAGAAAAGUUCUCCAACGACUGGGUUUCAGGAAAGGAAGUUAAUGGCGAUGCCCGAACCGCCACAGUUGAUGGCCUUAAAGAGGGCCAGCAGUACGAAUUCCGAGUCCGUGCUAUUAACCGAGCUGGACCUGGUGAACCCAGUGACAAGACAAAAUCCAUUAUUGCCAAAUGCCGUUUCGUCAAACCAUUCCUGGUGGGCGAUGGCCUUAAGAAUAUAACAGUGAAAAAGGGCCAAACCAUACGUUACGAUAUCAAGUAUGAUGGUGAGCCCGAACCAAGUGCAACAUGGGUAAAGAAUACCGAUAACUUAACGUUCGAUAACCAACGAAUUUGUCUUGAGCAAUUGGAUAGAAACUCUUCAAUAACUAUAAAGAAAUCGGUCAGAAAGGAUACAGGAACAUACAAAUUGGUAUUAUCAAAUAGUUCUGGAACCAUAGAGUCCGAAGCCCAAGUUGUGGUUCUCGAUCGACCCUAUGCUCCGGGUGGUCCUUUUGAACCUGAAGAGGUUCGUGCCAAUCACAUCAAGAUGAAGUGGCGACGUCCCGAGGAUGACGGUGGCUGUGACAUCACAGGCUAUGCUUUAGAGCGUAUGGAUGAGGAGACGGGUCGUUGGAUACCCGCGGGAGAAGUUGGUCCCAAUGAGACCUCUUUUGAUUUUAAGGGAUUAACCCCGAAUAAGAAGUACAAAUUCCGUGUCAAGGCAGUGAACAAAGAAGGUGAAUCUGAGCCAUUAGAAACCACCGAUGCCAUUGUGGCCAAGAAUCCUUAUGAUCCACCGAGUCCACCAAGCCAGCCCAUUAUCGAUGAUUACGAUAACAAGAGUGUCCUGCUCAAGUGGAAAAGACCACCAUCGGAUGGCGGUCGUCCAAUCACUCACUAUGUCGUUGAAAUUAAAGAUAAAUUCUCACCCUCUUGGAGUGAGGUCGCCAAGACGGAGGAUCCUACGCCCGAGUGUUCGGUCGAUGGAUUAAAAGAAAAAAUGGUAUAUCAAUUUCGUGUGAGAGCCGUAAACAAGGCUGGAGCUUCAGAGCCAUCACAGCCCACAGAUAAUCACCUUUGCAAGCACAGAAAUCUAAAACCCUUGAUUGAUCGUAGUACUUUUAAACGAGUAACUAUGAAGAGUGGGCGCUCCCAUAAAUGGUCCGUCGAUGUCAUCGGUGAACCUAUCCCAGAACUCCAUUGGAGUUGGAGAGAUGAUGUUCCCUUGACUAACAGCAAUCGAAUUAAGAUAGAAAAUGUAGACUAUCAUACUGAUUUUUUGAUCACGAAUGCAGUGCGCAAGGAUAGUGGUUUUUACACUUUAAAAGCAGAAAAUCGUAAUGGAAUCGAUCGUGAGACAGUUGAAUUAAUUGUUUUGGGCAAACCUACUUCCCCAAAAGGACCUCUUGCGGUCUCCGACGUCACCUCGACGGGCUGCAAAUUGCACUGGAAAAAGCCUGAAGAUGAUGGUGGUGUACCCAUCAAGGAGUAUGUCGUAGAGAAAAUGGACACCGCGACGGGUAAAUGGAUAAGAGUUGGACGCUCUCCCGGUGAAAAGGAACCGCCUAGCUUCGAUGUAACUGGCUUAAGUCCUGGCUCCGAAUAUAUGUUCCGUGUAUCCGCCGUCAACGAGGAAGGUGAAUCUGAACCAUUGACCACUUUGGUCGGUGUCGUUGCCAAGGAUCCGUUCGAUGAGCCCAAUAAGCCGGGUACUCCCGAGGUCACCGAUUAUGACAAUCAAAGUGUUAGUCUGAAGUGGGCAGCGCCAAAUAAUGAUGGCGGUGCCCCAAUACAGAAAUAUAUUAUUGAAAGAAAAGAAAAGAACCGACCAGAUUGGGAAAAAGCUUUGGAAAUACCCGGAGAUCAGCUGGAGGCGACUGUUUCCGGUCUACAAGAAUACGAAGAAUAUCAAUUCCGUGUUAUAGCUGUUAACAAGGCGGGUCCGUCGCCCCCAUCCGAUGCAAGUGCUCCUCAAAUUGCAAAGUAUAAGAAAUUGAAACCUCGCAUUGAUCGAACAAACCUUAAGCCUUUGCUAAUUCGUGCUGGUAAGCCUAUUAAAUACGAUGUAAAUGUUCGCGGCGAACCCCCACCGACAAUAAUUUGGUAUCAAAACGAUAUAGAACUCAAGCCAGAAAAAUUACCUAGUAGUAGCGAAAUUAAGAACAUCCCAUAUAAUACAAAGAUAUCCAUUAUUGAUACGGUUCGCAAUAAUACAGGAAUUUAUAAGAUAAAAGCUAUUAAUGAGCACGGUGAGGAUGAGGCUACUGUUGAAGUAAAUGUUCUAGCUCCGCCUGGUAAGCCAAGGGGUCCUUUGGAGGCCAAGGAUGUGACAAAAGACAGCUGUAAAUUAAAAUGGAAAAAGCCCGAAGAUGAUGGUGGCAAGCCAAUAACAGCAUACCAAGUCGAAAAGUUUGAUACUAAACAGGGUCGAUGGGUUCCUGUCGGCCGGACCUCAGGCAAUGAUACCGAAUUUGAUGUCAAGGGCCUUCAAGAGGGCCAUGAGUAUCAGUUCCGGGUCAAGGCUGUCAAUGAGGAAGGCGAAUCGGAGCCCCUGGAUACUGAUGGCAAAAUUAUAGCCAAAAAUCCGUACGAUGCUGCUAGCAAGCCGGGUACACCCAAGAUCGAAGAUUACGACCAGCAUAUGGUGAAGCUUAAGUGGGCAGAACCAAAGGAUAAUGGAGGAGCCCCAAUUACUGGUUACAUCAUUGAAAAAAAAGAUAAGUUCUCGCCUGUUUGGGAUGAAGUACUUACGACGAAUACAUCCACACCAGAAGCAACCGUUGAUGGCUUAACUGAAGGCAAUAUUUACCAAUUCCGUGUGCGGGCAGUGAACAAAGCUGGUCCCAGUGAAGCUAGCGAUUCUACAGAACCACACUUGGCCAAACACAGAAAUCUUAAACCAUCGAUAAACCGCGAAAAGAUGAAACCCAUCAAGGUACGGGCUGGCCAAACUGUCAAAUUCGAUGUGGAUGUUAAGGGCGAGCCAGCUCCAACACUAACCUGGUUCUUUAAAGAAAAGGAACUUUCACCAACAGGACAAGUGAGAUUAGAGAACGAAGACUACAAUACAAAGCUUACCCUACUCGAUACAGCGCGCAAUGUAAGCGGGGAAUAUAAGCUUCGAGCUGAAAAUAUCAAUGGUGUCGAUGAGGCUCUUGUUGAAGUUAUUAUUCUUGACAAGCCCUCAAAGCCCGAAGGUCCUUUGGAGGUCUCGAACGUUCACAAGGAAGGAUGCAAGCUAAAGUGGAAGAAACCCAAGGAUGAUGGCGGUGUUCCCAUCACCGGUUAUAUCGUAGAAAAAAUGGACACAGCGACGGGUAAAUGGGUUCCUGCUGGUUCUGUUGAUUCCGAAAAGACCGAUAUCGAUAUUAAGGGUCUAGAUCCCAAUCAUCGCUAUCAGUUCCGAGUUAAGGCCGUGAACGAGGAGGGUGAAUCGGAGCCAUUGGAAACUGAUUCAGCGAUUACAGCCAAAAAUCCAUUUGAUAUAUCAGCGCCACCCGGCCUUCCCGAACUAGAUGAUUGGGAUGAGCAUCAUGUAAAAUUGAAGUGGGAACCACCAAUACGCGAUGGCGGCUCUCCCAUUACAAGUUAUAUCGUCGAAGUUAUGGAUAAGGACUCGGGAGAAUUUGUUAAAGCAAUGGAGACGGAAGGUCCAAUUUGCAAGGGCGUGGUUAAGAAGUUGGAAGAGGGUCAGCAGUACAAGUUUAGAGUUCGUGCUGUUAACAAGGCCGGGCCAUCGGAUCCAUCUGAGCAGAGUAAUUGGCAUACAGCCAAGCCACGCUACCUAAAACCUCUUAUUGACCGAACCAAUCUGAAGCCGGUUAUCGUUAAAGCUGGUUUGUCUAUAAGCUUGGAUAUAAACAUCAAGGGUGAGCCUGCUCCAAAAGUGGAAUGGUUCUUUAACAACUUACCACUGGUAAGCAGUGAGGAAGAUAAAAUAGAUAAUAUUGAUUACAAUACAAAGUUCUUUGUCAUGCGUUCUCAACGCCCACAAAGUGGCAAGUAUACCAUCAAGGCCACAAACGAAGUUGGCGAAGAUGUCGCCGAAUUGGAGAUUAGUGUUUUGGGUAAACCUGGAAAGCCAAAGGGUCCCCUACAAGUCAACGAUAUCACGAAACACAGCUGCAAGCUUAAAUGGGAAAAACCCGAUGAUGAUGGUGGAACUCCCAUUGAUUAUUAUGAAAUUGAAAAACUUGACCCGCACACGGGUCAAUGGUUGCCAUGUGGAAAGAGUACCGAACCCGAAGCAAAAGUUAUAGGUCUUCACGAAGGAAAACCAUACAAGUUCCGAGUAAGAGCCGUUAACAAGGAGGGUGAAUCGGAAGAUUUGGAAACAGAGAAACCUAUUAUUGCUAAGAAUCCAUUCGAUGAACCCGAUAAGCCCGGCCGACCCGAACCCACUAAUUGGGAUAAGGACUUCGUUGACUUGGCGUGGGAUUCACCAAAAACCGAUGGUGGGGCACCCAUUCAGAAAUAUAUCAUUCAAAUGAGGGACAAAUCUGGAAGGGCUUGGGUGGAUGCCGCCACUGUGCCAGGUGAUAAGACCACUGGCACCGUUACUUCCGGCAUCGAAGAUGGACAUGAGUAUGAGUUUCGUAUCGUUGCAGUCAAUAAGGCAGGUCCAAGUGAACCUAGUGAUGUUUCCAAAACGGUAAUAGCUAAGCCUCGAUUCUUAAAACCACAUAUCGACCGCAAGAAUCUGCAGAAGAAAAUUAUGCGCAGUGGUCAAAUGCUUCACAUGGAUGCUGCUGUUAAGGCAGAGCCACCAGCUAAAAUCGUCUGGACAUACAAUGGCUCGGAAAUCAAAUCAUCCGAUCACAUCAAGAUUGAUAAUGAGGAUUACAAGACUACAUUUAUAAUGCCAAAGGUGAAGCGAGCGGAUCGUGGUACAUACAUAGUAACUGCGAAAAAUGAUUCCGGUUGUGAUACAGUGGAAGUUGAACUAGAGGUUCUAUGCAAGCCGAGCAAGCCUAAGGGUCCAUUAACUGUAUCCGAUGUAACAGCGGAGAGUGUCCACCUGAAAUGGGAGAAGCCCGAAGAUGAUGGUGGUGAGCCCAUUGAACAAUAUGUUGUUGAACGUAUGGAUACAGAAACGGGACGGUGGGUACCAGUUUUAACCACUAAGGUUCCAGAAGCUGAUGUCCCUGGCCUUACCGAAGGUAAAGAAUAUAUGUUUCGAGUCAAGGCUGUCAAUGCUGAAGGUGAAUCGGAGCCUUUGGUCACCGAUGUUCCUACCAAGGCUAAGAAUCCAUUUGAUGCCGCCGAGACCCCCGGUAAGCCACAAAUUCUCGAUUGGUCAGCAAAUCAUUGUGAUCUUAAAUGGCGAGCUCCCGAUGAUGACGGUGGUGCACCAAUCACUGGUUAUAUAAUUGAAAAGAAGGAUCCAAAUACCGGAAAAUGGCAAAAAGCUCUUGAAACCAAUACGCCAGAUUGUAAGGCGCGUGUUAAUGAUUUAAUUGAAGGAAAUAAAUAUCAAUUCCGAGUCAAGGCCAUAAACAAGGCGGGUCAAAGUAAGCCUUCAGAGCCUUCGGACCAAAUGACGGCCAAAGAUCGCUUUGCACCCCCGAAAAUUGACAGAACUAAUAUUAAGGAUAUUACUAUUAAAGCCGGACAACACCUUCGUUAUGAUAUUAAAGUGUCUGGAGAACCGCCAGCAACAAAAGUUUGGCUGCACAAUAAGGCACGAUUGGAAAACGAUGAUAGUGACUAUAAUAUUGACAUUGAAUCUUAUCGCACCAAGCUGACGGUCCCAUUUUCGAAACGUUUCCACUCCGGCAAAUAUACCCUUAAAGCUGAGAAUGAGUCGGGUCGAGAUGAGGCUUCAUUUGAAGUAAUUGUCUUAGACAGACCUGGUGCUCCAGAAGGACCAUUGCGUGUCACAGAUGUUCAUAAGGAGGGUUGUAAGCUAAAAUGGAACCCUCCGCUGGAUGAUGGUGGCCUGCCCAUUGAGCAUUACAUCGUUGAAAAACUAGACGUGGAGUCAGGACGUUGGCAGCCAUCGGGUCGCUAUAAGGAACCCUUUGCCGAACUUAACAAUUUGGAGCCAGGACAUGAAUAUAAAUUCCGAGUUAUAGCAGUAAAUACUGAGGGUGAUUCCGAACCAUUAACUGGGGAACAGUCCGUCAUUGCAAAGAAUCCAUUCGAUGAGCCCGGCAAACCUGGAACUCCAGAAGCAACAGAUUGGGAUAAGGAUCAUGUGGACUUGGUAUGGCGCCCCCCACUCAACGAUGGUGGAUCUCCCGUUACCGGUUACAUCAUUGAGAAACGAGAAAAAGGAACUGAUAAAUGGAUUAAGGGUGCUGAAGUCUCGGCUCCAACUUGUGGCGAAGAGUGCAAAUCGACGGUGCCAAAUCUUAAUGAAAACUGUGAAUACGAAUUCCGUAUUAAGGCAGUAAAUGCUGCUGGACCUAGUGAACCUUCUGAUGCCAGCAAAACUGUUAUUACUAAGCCCAGAAAACUGGCCCCCAAGAUUGACCGCAAGAAUAUACGGACUUACAACAUUAAGGCCAGGGAAGCGAUUUUUUUGGAUAUUAAAAUCAGUGGCGAACCGGCACCCAAUGUUACUUGGAAUCAAAAUAACAAGUCCAUUCCGGCCACAUCAGUUUGCCAUGUGGAGAAUAUUCCGUAUAAUACGAAGUAUAUAAAUAAUAGUCCUGAACGUAAGGAUACGGGACUCUAUAAGAUCACCGCACAUAACCUUUAUGGUCAAGAUCAAGUGGAAUUCCAAAUCAAUAUAAUUGAUAAACCUGGAAAGCCUGAAGGGCCCUUGGAAAUAUCAGAUAUUCACAAAGAUGGCUGUAAACUGAAAUGGAAGAAGCCAAGAGAUGACGGUGGUGAACCUAUAGAAAGCUAUUUGAUUGAAAAACUUGAUCCAGAUACAGGUAUUUGGCUUCCUGUGGGCAAGAGUGACGUACCAGAGUACAAUGUUGAUGGCUUGGUGCCAGGACAUGAGUACAAGUUCCGUGUUAAGGCCGUAAAUAAGGAGGGCGAGUCAGAACCACUUGAAACUUUGGGAGCGAUUGUUGCCAAGGAUCCAUUUACUGCCCCAUCACAGCCUGGACAACCAGAACCCACCGAUUGGACAGCCAAUAAGGUAGACCUGGCUUGGACAGAGCCAGCAAGUGAUGGUGGAUCACCAAUUACUGGUUAUAUUAUUGAAGUUAAAGAUAAGUACAGUCCUCUGUGGGAGAAGGCUUUAGAAACCGAUGGCGCAGCUCCUAUAGCCACUGUACAAGGCUUAAUUGAGGGCAAUGAAUACCAAUUCCGGAUAAUUGCCCUAAACAAAGGUGGUCAAUCGGAGCCUUCAGCUCCAAGCAAAAACUUUAUUGCAAAACCGCGAUACCUUGCACCGAAAAUCGAUCGAAGAAAUCUUCGCGAUGUAACCAUAUCCUCCGGAACUGCUCUUAAAUUAGAUGCAAAUAUAACAGGAGAACCCGCACCUAAAGUCGAAUGGAAAUUCUCGAAUUACCCUCUGUCAUCCGGUAAAAAUGUUACAAUUGAAAGUCCGGAUUAUUAUACCAAAUUGGUAAUACGACCAUCACAGCGUAGUGAUUCUGGCGAGUACUUGGUCACUGCCACAAAUAGUUCGGGUAAAGAUAGUGUCCUAAUCAAUGUUGUUAUUACUGAUAAGCCAUCACCACCUAACGGGCCACUUCAAAUCUCAGAUGUUUGUAAGGAGGGAUGUCACUUAAAAUGGAAACGGCCAAGCGAUGAUGGUGGUACUCCUAUUGAGUACUUCCAAGUUGACAAGUUGGAUCCAGAAACGGGAUGUUGGAUUCCUUGCUGUCGUUCUAAUGAGCCCCAAGUGAACGUAACUGGCUUAACUCCCGGUAAUGAAUACAAGUUUCGUGUUUCAGCUGUGAAUGCUGAAGGCGAGUCCCAGCCUUUAAUUGGAGACGAGACAAUUGUAGCCAAAAAUCCCUUUGAUGAGCCUGGCAAGCCGGAGAAUCUUAGAGCCGUAAAUUGGGAUAAAGAUCACAUCGACUUGGCCUGGACACCGCCGUUAACUGAUGGUGGUUCCCCUAUAACUGGAUAUCUGGUUGAAAAGAAGGAUAAGUUUGGUAAAUGGGAGAAGGCUCUAGAAGUUCCCCCACAUCAAUGCAAUGCCACUGUUCAAGAUUUAAUCGAGGGACAAUCCUAUGAAUUCCGCGUGUCUGCCAUAAAUGCUGCUGGACUAGGAGAACCAUCAGAUGCCACAUCCCCGAUUACUGCCAAGUCACGUAAUAAGCCGCCAAUUAUAGAUCGCUCCAACUUAAUUGAAGUACGAAUUAAAUCUGGACAAGGAUUUGUAUUUGAUUGUAAAGUAUCUGGAGAGCCUGCGCCUAUAACUAAGUGGUUCCUCAAGAAAAAAGAAGUAAUCUCAAAGGAUAACGUCAAAGUAAUUAAUGUUGAGUACAACACUAAACUAAAAGUGACUUCUGCAACAAGAGCCGACACCGGUUUAUAUACCAUACAUGCAGAGAAUGUCAAUGGUGAAGACAAUGCCGAAGUAAGGGUAACUGUGAUUGACAAGCCCUCGCCCCCUAAUGGACCACUGGAGAUUAAUAAUAUAAACGCUGAGGGUUGCAGCUUACAUUGGAACCCUCCCGAUGAUGAUGGUGGUCAACCUAUUGACAAUUAUAUUGUUGAAAAACUAGAUGAAGCAACAAAUCGUUGGGUGCCAGCUGGUGAGACAGACGGCCCAACCACCACUCUCAAAGUGAAGGGUCUUACACAGGGACAUAAAUAUAAAUUUAGAGUUCGUGCUAAAAAUCGUCAAGGAAUCUCAGAACCCCUUACAACAAGCAAAGCGGUUGUGGCUAAAAAUCCGUAUGACGAGCCCACAAAGCCCGGCACUCCGGUCAUCAAAGAUUUUGACAAGGAUUUUGUUGAUUUGGAUUGGGCUAGACCAGAAAGUGAUGGGGGCUCACCUAUCAUAGGUUACAUCAUUGAGAAGCGUGACAAGUAUUCACCGGAUUGGGAAAAGUGUGCAGAGGUAAGUGGUGACACCACAACUGGUCACGUUCCCGAUCUUAUUGAAGGUGUUAAAUAUGAAUUCCGUGUUCGGGCGUUGAACAAAGCGGGUCCAGGUUUACCCAGUGAUUCCACAGAACCACAUGUUGCUAGACCCAAGAAUAUGCCUCCCAAGAUUGAUCGCAACUUUAUGGUGGAUAUAAAAAUUAAGGCAGGUAAUGUCUUUGAAUUUGAUGUUCCAGUAACAGGUGAACCAAUUCCAUCCAAAGAAUGGACUCAUGAGGAUAAUAUGGUCAUUAACACAGAUCGUGUAAAAAUUACCAACCUUGAUGAUCGAACCAAGUUACGUAUAUUAGAUGCCAAACGAUCGGAUACGGGGGCUUACACUUUAUUGGCUCGUAAUAUUAAUGGUAUGGAUAAACACACCGUUAAGGUUACUAUUUUGGAUGUACCAAGUACUCCAGAAGGACCAUUACGAAAUAGUGAUAUUACGAAAAACUCGAUAACCCUACACUGGCGACCACCCAGAGAUGAUGGUGGUUCUGAGAUCACACAUUACGUUGUGGAAAAAAUGGAUAAUGAAGCCAUGAGAUGGAUUCCAGUUGGUGAAAGUGCCGACACUGAAAUUCGUGCCGAUAAUCUAAUUGAAAAUCAUGAUUAUAGCUUCCGUGUUCGUGCUGUGAACAAACAGGGUCAAUCCCAGCCUUUGACCACCUCACAACCGAUAACUGCCAAAGAUCCGUAUUCGCAUCCCGAUAAACCCGGUCAACCUCAGGCAAUUGAUUGGGGCAAAGACUUUGUCGAUUUGGAGUGGGCUGCACCAAAAAAAGAUGGUGGUGCACCUAUAACUUCCUAUAUUGUUGAAAAACGACCCAAAUUUGGUCAAUGGGAACGAGCUGCUGUUGUUCCCAAUGAUGAGUGCAAAGCGCACAUCCCAGAAUUAACAGAUGGUGGGGAAUACGAAUUCCGCGUAAUUGCCGUUAACCGAGGUGGACCCAGUGAUCCAUCUGAUCCAUCGGGCACAGUUAUUUGCAAGCCAAGAUUUUUGGCACCGUUCUUUGAUAAAUCUCUCUUGAACGAUAUUACAGUUCAUGCUGGUAAGCGAUUGGGUUGGACUUUACCAAUUGAGGCAUCACCAAAACCAUCCAUUAAAUGGUUAUAUAAUGGCAAAGAAAUUGGUUUAAAUUCCCGAGGUGAAUGUACGUUUUUCCAAAACGAAAUAAACUUCGAAAUACCGUCGGCAUUGCGUAGUGACGAAGGACGAUAUACGUUAAUUCUGAAAAAUGAGCAUGGUUCAUUCGAUGCAUCUGCACAUGCCACCGUGUUGGAUCGCCCAUCAGCCCCGAAGGGACCUUUGGAUAUUACUAAAAUUUCUAGAGAUGGCUGCCAUUUGGCUUGGAAUGUUCCAGAAGAUGAUGGGGGCUCACCCAUUUUGCAUUAUAUUAUUGAAAAAAUGGACAUGUCUCGAGGAACUUGGUCAGAUGCUGGCAUGAGCACACAUCCUGUACAUGAUGUCAUACGACUUGUUCAUCGCAAAGAGUACUUGUUCCGCGUCAAGGCCGUUAAUGCUAUUGGGGAAUCUGAUGCUUUAGAGGCAUCCAAAAGCAUAAUAGCUAAGAACGAGUUUGAUGAACCGGAUGCUCCCGGUAAACCCAAUAUAACAGACUGGGGUUGCAAUCAUGUUGAUUUACAAUGGGCUGUACCUAAGAGUGACGGCGGAGCUCCACUAACUGAGUACAUAAUACAGAAAAAAGAAAAGGGCAAUCCAUAUUGGAUUAAUGUGCUACAUGUCCCAUCAAAUAAGAACACUGCGACAGUGCAAGAGCUGACCGAAGGACAAGAGUAUGAAUUCAGAGUAAUCGCAGUAAAUGAAGCAGGACAAUCGGAGCCAUCGGAACCAUCCGAUAUGAUAAUGGCUAAGGCACGCUACUUGCCUCCAAAGAUAAUCACACCCCUUCAUGAGAUACGUAUAAAAAGCGGUCUUAUCUUUCACACAGAUAUACAUUUUAUUGGUGAACCAGCACCUGAAGCGAUAUGGACGCGUAAUAAUGAUCCAUUAAAGUCAAACGAACGAUCAACGAUUACUUCAAUUGGUCAUCAUACUGUACUUCACACUGUUAACUGCCAACGUUCUGAUUCUGGAAUAUAUCACUUACUGUUACGCAAUGAUUCGGGCGUCGAUGAAGGCAGCUUCGAACUUAUAGUUCUCGAUCGCCCCGGCCCUCCCGAUGGUCCAAUGCAAUAUGAGGAAAUCACAGCAAAUUCGGUAACAAUAUCUUGGAAGCCACCAAAGGAUAAUGGUGGAUCUGAGAUUUCAUCAUAUGUUAUAGAAAAACGUGAUCUAACUCAUGGCGGUGGUUGGGUUCCAGCUGUCAAUUAUGUUAAUGCCAAAUACAAUCAUGCUUUAGUACCUAGACUCUUAGAAGGAACCAAAUAUGAGUUUAGGGUAAUGGCUGAAAAUCUACAAGGACGCUCUGAUCCACUAACUUCAGAUCAACCAGUAAUUGCCAAGAACCAAUAUACAGUACCAGGAACUCCAGGCAAACCUGAGCUAACGGAUAGUGACAAGGAUCAGAUAUCUAUCAAAUGGAAACAGCCUAUAAGUAAUGGCGGGUCACCCAUUAUUGGCUAUGACGUUGAACGUCGCGAUAUGGGCACUGGACGAUGGAUCAAAAUAAAUGGUCAGCCAGUCCCUACUACAGAGUAUCAAGACGAUCGUGUAUCACCGAAUCAUCAAUAUCAAUAUAGAGUAUCGGCAGUUAAUGCCGCUGGCAAUGGUAAAACCUCAGAAUCAUCAUUAACAUUUGAUGCUCGACCAUUGCGCGAAAAACCAAGACUUUACUUAGAAAACUUAGUUGGACGACGUGUUAAGGUCCGUGCCGGUGAACCUGUUAAUAUUACCAUACCAAUUUCUGGUGCUCCUACACCUACUAUUGAAUGGAAGCGUGGUGAUAUAAAGGUCGCAGAAAACAAGCGUAUUUCCCACGACACAAACUCUGAAAGAACCAUAUUUCGUAUUGAAGACUCAAAUAGAAAAGAUGCUGGAUCUUAUACAAUUUUUGCUAGUAAUGAAUUCGGCAAGGACUCUGCGGACAUUGAAAUUAUUGUCGUUGACAAGCCAUCAAUACCAGAAGGACCGUUGAGCUAUACGAAAACAGCGCCCGAUCACAUCUCGUUGCAAUGGAAUCCACCUAAAGAUGAUGGUGGCAGUGAGAUAACUGGUUAUAUAAUUGAAUUCUCAGAAUUUGGAGCUGACGACUGGAAACCCGUGCCCGGUUAUUGUCCCAAGACAAACUACACCGUCAAGGGUCUAACCGAAGGCAAAAAAUAUGUGUUCCGGGUGCGAGCGGAAAAUAUUUAUGGCACUUCUGAAGCUCUAGAAGGCAGGCCUGUCUUGGCAAAGUCGCCAUUCGAUCCACCUGGUCCACCAUCCCAGCCAACUAUUCCAGCAUAUUCUCCAAGCUCUGUCAGCUUAGAAUGGCAUCCACCUGACUAUUGUGGGGGCAAACCCGUAUCUGGUUACAUUGUGGAGAGACGUGAGCGCGGUGGCGAAUGGAUCAAGUGCAAUAAUUAUCCAACACCAAAUACUAGCUUUACCGUUCCAGAUUUACGUGAAGGAGCUCGCUAUGAGUUCCGCGUAAUUGCAUUAAACGAAGCUGGCCCCGGUCAACCGUCAAAGCCAUCGGAUACAGUCACGGCAGAACUUCAGCGAUAUUGUCCCGAUGCACCAGAACCACCUAAGGCCGAUCGCAUAUUUAAGGAUAGUGUUACAUUAUCAUGGCGACCACCACGCAACGAUGGAAAAUCCCGAAUCAAGGGCUAUCAUCUCGAAAUGCGGGCCAAAAAUGAUAAGGAUUGGAAGCCAGUUAAUGAUACGCCCAUAAACUCUACCGUUUAUACAGUACCAAAUCUAAAAGAGGGUGAGGAGUACUCAUUCCGUGUUAUUGCCGAAAAUGAUGUUGGCCGUUCAGAGCCAUCAAAGCCCUCACAACCUAUCACAAUUGAGGAGCAGCCCAACAAACCUUGCAUGGAUUUGGGUAAUGUUACGGAUAUUAUAUGCAGAGCUGGUGAUGAUUUUAGUAUUCAUGUUCCAUAUGUGGCUUUUCCCAAGCCAAAUGCCUUUUGGUAUUCCAAUGACACUGUCCUAGAUGAUGUUGAUACGCGUGUCCAUCAACAUUUGACCGAUGAUGCAGCUUCGUUUGUGGUGAAAAACUCGAAACGUUCGGAUUCCGGUCAAUACCGUCUACAAUUAAAGAACCCAUCAGGAUUUGAUACUGCUACCAUCAAUGUUAAGGUUUUGGAUAGACCAGCACCGCCAACAAAACUCCGAGCAGAUGAAUUUGCGGGAGAUUCCCUUACACUAUAUUGGAAUCCACCAAAGGACGAUGGCGGAUCUCCUAUACAGAAUUAUAUAAUUGAGAAGAAGGAAGCACACUCAUCCACGUGGACCAAAGUCAGUAGCUACUGUACAGUACCAUUUGUCCGAGUGCGUAACCUUGGUAUUAACAAGGAGUACGAUUUCCGGGUAAUAGCUGAAAAUAAAUAUGGACAAUCUGAUCCAGCCAAUACUACAGAGCCUAUUCGAGCCCGACAUCCAUUUGAUGUACCCAAUGUACCUGGAAUACCGCGUGGCAUUGACUCAACGGAAGAUAGCAUAACAAUCGCAUGGUCAAAACCAAAGCAUGACGGUGGCUCACCCAUUAUGGGCUAUAUUAUCGAAAAGCGCCUGUUGGGCGAGGAUAAAUGGACAAAGGCUGUGCAUUCAUUGUGUCCUGACACGACUUGUAAAAUACCGAACCUAAUAGAGAAUGCCGAAUAUGAGUUCAGAGUAGCAGCCUUAAAUGCGGCUGGUCAAUCCGGUUAUAGUGCAGCCAGUGAUUUAAUCUUCUGCCGUCGACCACCUCAUGCACCAAAAAUAACAUCAGAUUUAUCGAUACGUGAUAUGACUGUUAUAGCAGGUGAAGAAUUUCACAUCACAGUACCAUAUCAUGCCAACCCAAGACCAACCCCAUCAUGGCAGAUGAAUGGUCUUGAUGUAGUUCCCGAUAAACGGAUUAAAUUUGAUACGGAUGAUUUUGCUUCGGUUUAUCAUAAUUCAUCUGCGAAGAGAAGUGAAACUGGUUCGUACACCAUCACACUGACUAAUAGCAAGGGUUCCGACACAGCCUCAUGCCAUGUAACAGUUGUGGAUAGACCGGGACCACCGCAGGGACCAUUAAAUGCGUAUGAUAUAACUCCUGACACAUGCACACUCGCUUGGAAGACUCCGUUAGAUGAUGGCGGAUCACCAAUUACCAAUUAUGUUGUUGAAAAGCUUGAUGCCACCGGAACAUGGGGGAAACUUAGUAGCUUUGUUCGUAACACCCAUUACAACGUUAUGGGACUAGAGCCACAACAUAAGUAUCAUUUCCGCGUUAGAGCCGAGAAUCAAUAUGGUUUAUCCGAUCCCCUUGAUAUCCCUGAACCUAUUGUUGCAAGACAUCAAUUCACAGUCCCAGAUGAACCGGGCCAACCAAAAGUAAUUGAUUGGGACUCUGGCAACGUUACACUUAUUUGGACACGACCUGCCGGGGAUGGUGGAUCUCGUAUUCAAGGUUAUCAAAUUGAAUAUCGUGAUAUAGUGAAUGACUCAUCGUGGAAUACCUAUGACUAUCUUAUCAAAGAUACCAAAUAUCAACUGUAUAACUUAACCAACGGCUCUGAAUAUGAGUUUAGAAUAAAGGCUAAGAAUGCUGCAGGAUUAAGCAAACCUUCACCACCCUCCUUGCGCUUUAAGCUAAAAGGCAAAUUUAGCGUACCAUCGCCACCGGGAACUCCACAAGUUACUAAAGUUGGUAAAAAUUAUGUUGAUUUGAAGUGGGAGAAGCCGUUAAGAGAUGGUGGCUCUCGUAUCACUGGGUAUAUUAUAGAGCGAAGGGAUAUCGGUGGUGCCGUCUGGGUUAAGUGUAACGAUUAUAAUGUCUUAGAUACAGAAUUUACAGUGAUUAACCUUAUUGAAAUGGGCGAUUACGAGUUCCGUAUAUUUGCUGUUAAUUCAGCGGGAAGAUCGGAGCCAAGCCUAUGCACAAUGCCCAUUAAGGUUUGUGAAGUAAUUGGUGGAGAGAAACCGGAAUGGAUAACGAGACUUCACGAUCGUGUUGCGCCAUAUGGCAAAGAUUUCACCCUGCAAUGUGAGGCAUCGGGUAAGCCUCUCCCAACAGCAAGAUGGCUUCGAAAUGGUAAAGAAAUUCAAAUGGGCGGAGAACGAAUUACUUGCGACUCCAAGGAUGGCCUCUUCCGAUUGCACGUCUCAAAUGUGCAGGCUGGCGACGACGGUGACUAUACAUGCGAGGCGAUCAAUUCUCUUGGAUUUGUCCAUACCUCCGGUUACCUUAAGAUCGGAUCUCCGCCAGUCAUUAACCGAUGUCCCAGUAAGCUUUUCUUACCCGAAGGUGAUAAUGCUAAGAUCAAGGUCUACUAUUCUGGCGAUCAGCCAUUAACUGUGAUAUUAAAACGUAACAACGAAGUGGUUUUAAAGUCGGACAGCAGUGAUGACAGCCACAUUAAGUUCACCAUAUUUGAUGACUACGUGGCGAUAUUUCUACGUGAUAUUGUUAAAAGCGAUGUAGGUCAAUAUCAAAUUGAAUUUACUAAUGAUUCGGGUAGUGCCAUUGGUCAAUUUGAUGUACACAUUACGGGUCUACCCUCAGCACCGAUCGGACCGAUGGGUAUCUCUCAUAUUAACAAACAUUCGUGUUCUUUGGCCUGGCGUCCACCAUCUUAUGAUGGUGGCCUUAAGGUUACUCAUUAUGUUGUAGAACGUAAGGAUGUUUCCUCACCACACUGGAUAACGGUGUCUAGUACUUGCAAAGACACCUCCUUUAAUGUCCAAGGUCUACUUGAAAAUCAGGAAUAUAUUUUCCGUGUUAUGGCUGUUAAUGAAAACGGAAUGGGUCCUCCCCUUGAGGGCUUGAAUCCGAUUCGAGCCAAAGCCCCAAUUGACCCUCCUUCGCCACCAGGCAUUCCCCAGAUCCUCGAGAUUGGGGGAGACUUUGUGCAUUUGGAAUGGAGUAAGCCAGAAUCGGAUGGCGGUGCUCACAUUCAAGGUUAUUGGAUCGAGAAACGUGAAGUUGGAAGUGAUACAUGGCAGCGUGUCAACGCUACCAUCUGUGCUGCUUCUCAAAUAAACUGCUCCAAUCUGAUCGAAGGUCGGCAAUACGAAUUCCGUAUCUUUGCUCAGAAUGUUGCAGGCCUAUCGAAGCAUUCAUACUCCUCGCAGGCUAUCAAGAUAGUAGAUCCAAAGGCUGCAUCACCUCCAUUGAUUGUGAAACCAUUACGUGAUGCCAAUUGCAUUCAAAAUCAUAAUGCCCAAUUCUCUUGCAACAUUACGGGUGUUCCAAGACCAACCAUUACUUGGUAUAAGGGUGCACGAGAGAUAACCAAUGGGGCAAGAUAUCACAUCUACGCAGAAGGCGAUAAUUAUUUCCUAAAUAUAAAUGACGUAUUUGGCGAAGAUGCCGAUGAAUAUGUCUGUCGUGCCGUUAACAAAGCGGGUGCAAAAUCAACAAGAGCUGCUUUAGCUAUUAUGACUGCUCCCAAACUAAACGUUCCACCUCGAUUCAGAGACACAGCUUAUUUCGACAAGGGUGAAAAUGUUGUAAUCAAAAUACCAUUCACUGGCUAUCCCAAACCACGUAUUCAUUGGAUUAGGGAAGGUGAGAAUAUUGAGUCUGGUGGACACUACCAUGUUGAAGUAAAGGAGAGGCAUGCGGUACUAACAAUUCGUGAUGGAUCCCGAUUGGACACUGGACCAUAUAGAAUAACAGCGGAAAAUGAGCUUGGCCUAGAUACAGCUAUAGUUCAAGUGCAAAUAAGCGACCGCCCCGAUCCGCCACGCUUCCUCACUAUCGAAUGUAUUGGUACUGAUUCGUUGUCUCUGAAUUGGAAGGCCCCAGUAUGGGAUGGUGGCAGUGACAUCACAAAUUAUUAUGUAGAGCGUCGUGAGCAUCCCUUAUCAUCGUGGAUACGAGUGGGUAAUACACGGUUCACCUCGUUGGCCGUCAGUGGUCUAACGCCCGGUAAAGAAUAUGAUUUCCGUAUCUUUGCUGAUAAUGUUUAUGGUCGUUCAGAGCCAUCCGAACCGAGCACGCUUAUCAAGACGAAAGACUCAAUUAAAAAGAAGCCAACCGAACGGAAAUACGAACUUGAUGCGAAUGGCAAAAAGGUGCGGGGUAAAGCCGAUGGGCCAAUCAAGGACUACGAUUCGUAUGUCUUUGAUAUCUACUCCAAAUUUGUACCCCAGCCAGUUGAAAUAUCGCACCAUAGUGUUUACGAUAAGUACGAUAUAUUGGAGGAGAUUGGAACUGGUGCCUUUGGUGUGGUGCAUCGCUGUCGCGAACGUAGUACUGGAAAUAUAUUUGCGGCCAAGUUCAUUCCAGUCUCACAUGCCGUUGAAAAGGAUCUGAUUCGUAGGGAAAUCGAUGUUAUGAAUCAGCUACAUCAUCAAAAGUUAAUUAACUUGCAUGAUGCCUUCGAGGAUGAUGAUGAAAUGGUUCUGAUAUUGGAAUUCUUAUCAGGUGGUGAACUGUUUGAACGUAUUACCACCGAAGGUUAUGUGAUGACGGAAGCUGAGGUUAUUAAUUACAUGAGGCAAAUAUGCGAAGGCAUUCGGCAUAUGCACGAAAAGAACAUUAUACAUUUAGACAUUAAGCCCGAAAAUAUCAUGUGCCAAACUAGAUUGAGCACGAAUGUUAAGCUUAUUGACUUUGGAUUAGCAACUAGGCUAGAUCCAAAUGAAGUGGUAAAAAUUACCACAGGCACCGCCGAGUUUGCUGCUCCAGAAAUCGUAAACAGAGAACCCGUUGGUUUCUACACGGAUAUGUGGGCAACAGGUGUAUUAGCUUAUGUUCUAUUAAGCGGUCUGUCACCAUUUGCCGGCGAUAAUGAUGUACAAACACUUAAGAACGUCAAGGCCUGCGAUUGGGACUUUGAUAUACAAUCAUUUAAGUACAUUUCCGAAGAAGGCAAAGAUUUUAUUCGCAAACUUUUGGUGGCUAACAAGGAAAAGCGUAUGACGGCACAUGAAUGCCUAUUGCAUCCUUGGUUAACCGGAGAUCAUAUUGGCACCACUCAAACUCUUAACCGUGAUCGUUAUUUGGCAUAUCGCGAAAAGCUGCGAAAGAAAUAUGAAGAUUUCGAGAAAUAUUUAUUGCCAAUUGGACGGCUGUCCGAAUACUCUUCUUUGCGUAAAUUGCUAAUGGAAAAAUAUAAGAUUCAUGAUACGGUUAUUGAUCGGAGACAAGCAGCGCCACGAUUCGUAAUUCGACCAUCAUCCCAAUUCUGUUAUGAGGGACAGAGCGUCAAGUUCUAUUGUCGAUGCAUCGCUAUAGCCACGCCAACGGUUACCUGGUCACACAAUAAUAUUGAACUACGACAGAGUGUUAAGUUUAUGAAGCGCUAUACUGGUGAUGAUUAUUACUUCAUUAUUAAUCGUGUCAAGUUAGACGAUCGCGGUGAAUAUAUAAUCCGUGCAGAGAAUCAUUAUGGCUCUAGGGAAGAAGUUGUUUUCCUUAACGUUCAACCAUUGCCAAAAGAAUUACCCAAAUUCCGUACGGAAUCAACGCCAGUUCGCCGUCGUGAACCUUUACCAUAUACAUUCUGGCAGGAAGAAUCCGAAUCGGCGCCCAGUUUUACAUUCCUAUUGCGGCCGCGUGUAAUGCAGGCGCGCGACACCUGUAAACUUUUAUGUUGUCUUAGUGGAAAGCCUGUACCCACGGUCAAGUGGUACAAGGAUGGCCGUGAGCUUAGCAAAUACGAGUAUGCCAUGACCCAUUCAGAUGGUGUCGUCACCAUGGAAAUCAUUGAUUGCAAGCCAUCCGAUUCUGGGAAGUACAGUUGCAAGGCUACAAACUGUCAUGGAACAGAUGAAACCGAAUGCGUUGUUAUUGUUGAAGGAGAAUGGGUCACACCUGAGCAGGCUCAACUUGCCCACAAUUUUCUGUAUUCAGGAGACCGGAAGUACAUAGAGCAGCCAUUAAAGCCCGCUCCGCCACCAAUAAUAACAUCUCGGCAAUUCACCUCAACAUCUGAAACAAAGGCCAACAAAAAGGACGAAGCUUUAGACCCUCAAAAUAGCAUUUCUAGCAAAAAGAAGUACGCAUCGAAUAGUUUACAGACCCCCGGUAGCCCGUCGAGGUCACGUAGUGCUACCAAAGAACUGAUACUUCCCCCGGAUGACUCAUUGAUGUGCAAGCCAGAAUUUACGAAGUCCCUUCACGAUCUAACUAUUCGUGAUGGCGAACAAUUGGUACUAAGUUGCCAGGUGAAGGGCGAUCCAGAACCACAAAUAACCUGGUCUAAGAACGGAAAAUCAAUCUCAUCUUCGGAUAUUAUGGAUUUAAAAUAUAGAAACGGUACCGCAACCUUAACCAUCAAUGAGGUAUUCCCAGAAGAUGAAGGAGUGUUUACUUGUACGGCCACAAAUUCGAUUUGCGCUGUAGAAACGAAAUGCAAGUUAACAAUAAUGCCUCUUGAUAAGAACACAACAAAACGCCAUGUGAUCUCCAGUGACAAGGCACCAAAGAUAGUGAGUCACUUGGAGUCGCGCUUUGUAAAGGACGGCGAUGCCGUAACAUUGGCUUGCCGCAUCAUUGGGGCUAGACACUUCGAUGUUGUUUGGUUGCAUAAUAACAAGGAAAUCAAGCCCAGCAAAGAUUUCCAAUAUACAAACGAAGCGAAUAUAUAUCGCUUGCAAAUUGCCGAAAUUUUCCCGGAAGACGGUGGCACCUAUACUUGUGAAGCCUUCAACGACGUUGGCGAAUCCUUCAGCACCUGUACAAUUAACGUAUCUGUGCCCGGAGAUGAGCCCAAGUACCCAGUUUUCUUAAAGUUCCCCACAUCGGUUUCAAUAUUGGAAACAGAAAGUACCACAUUUGAGUGUGAAGUGGACUCUGAACUUCUUAAUUUAGUGUGGGUUAAGGACGGAAAGCCAGUAGAUGAAACACAUUCACGAUACUCAUUUACCAAGGAUAGGAAUCGGUAUUGCUUUACAGUCGCCAAGUGUAAUUUGGAUGAUGUUGGCCAAUACCAAGCAAAGGCUGUGGCCAAGAAGGGAGAAAGUAUAUGCGCCUUCUCAAUGAACGUACACAAUGCAGAAUCAUAAGCAUGCAUAUAUGGCUUAAGAGUAUGCCCAGAUAAUUUAGACUGCUCAUCGAAAAGUCUCGCUGUCAUCACAUUAUGCAUUUUAAAGCAUCAUCCUUCCUGCAAUAACAAAAACUCAUAAUUUCACGUAUUAUAUUUAAAAAUACUAUUAAUUUAAUAUAUCAUCAACAAAUGUAAAUUCACAUUUUUAUAUAAAUGGAAAAAAGGAACUUAAUAACAGAUCCUUCUACCAUCGAAAUUUUUAAGGCCUCUCAGUGCUUGGAUGACUUCUGGCAUCCUCAAAACUAAAAUCUUUAAACUUUAGCCAUUCAAGUAUUUGAGACUAUUAAUCUUUCGAAAUUGUAGAUCUGUUGUAUAACGAAUUAAUUAUAAUAAAAUAAAAAUCUGAAAAGGCAGUAAUUGACAAAAACA